AUGAGUACUCCAUUUGGUUUAGAUCUGGGUAACAACAACAGUGUUUUGGCUGUUGCCAGAAACAGAGGUAUCGACAUUGUCGUGAAUGAAGUGUCGAACCGCUCUACGCCAUCCCUAGUCGGGUUUGGUCAAAAGAACAGAUUUUUGGGCGAGGCUGGUAAGAACAAGCAGAUCUCAAACAUUAAGAACACCGUCGAGAGCUUGAAGAGAAUCAUCGGUCUAGACUACAACGACCCAGACUUUGAGAAGGAGGCCAAGUACUUCCAAGCUAAGUUGGUCAAGUUGGAGAACGGCAAGAUCGGAGCCCAGGUCAGACUCGCCGGCGAGCAGGCGACCUUCUCCGCCACUCAGCUCGUUGCUAUGUUCAUCAACAAAGUCAAGAACACCGUGGUUGACGAGACGAAGGCCAAUAUCACUGACGUGGCCAUCGCUGUGCCUGCUUGGUACACUGAGGAGCAGCGUUACGCUGUCGCUGAUGCCGCCAGAAUCGCCGGUUUGAACCCCGUCAGAGUCGUUAACGAUGUUACUGCUGCCGCUGUGACCUACGGUGUUUUCAAGAGCGAGAUGCCAGAAGGUGAGCAGAAGCCAAGAAUUGUCGCUUUCGUGGACAUUGGUCACUCUACCUACACCUGUAGCAUUGGCGCCUUCAAGAGAGGCGAGUUGAAGAUCCUGGGUACUGCUUACGACAAGCACUUUGGUGGUAGAGACUUUGACCGCGCUAUCACUGAACACUUCGCCGAUGAGUUCAAGACCAAGUACAAGAUCGACAUCAGAGAAAACGCUAAGGCUUACAGCAGAGUCAUGACCGGUGCUGAAAGAUUGAAGAAGGUCUUGUCUGCAAACACUGCCGCUCCAUUCUCUGUCGAGUCUGUCAUGAACGACAUCGACGUUUCUUCUCAGUUGACCCGUGAGGAACUGGAGCAGCUUGUCAAGCCAUUGCUUGAACGCGUCACUGAUCCUGUUACUAAGGCUUUGGCUCAAGCUAACCUAAAGGCUGAGGAAGUUGACUUCGUCGAAAUCGUUGGCGGUACCACUCGUAUCCCUUGCUUGAAGAACGCCAUUUCCGAAGCUUUCGGCAAGCCUCUGUCUGCUACUUUGAACCAGGAUGAAGCCAUCGCUAAGGGUGCUGCUUUUAUCUGCGCCAUCCACUCUCCAACCAUGAGAGUUCGCCCAUUCAAGUUCGAAGACAUCCACCCAUACUCUGUCUCUUACUUCUGGGACAAGCAGGAAGAGGACGAGGACAACUUGGAAGUUUUCCCAGCUCGUUCUGCCUUCCCAUCCACCAAGAUGAUCACUCUCCACCGCACUGGUGACUUCACCAUGAAGGCCAAGUUCACCAACUCCAAGGAGUUGCCAGCUGGCCUGCCAACUGAAAUUGCUAAGUGGGAGAUCACCGGUGUUCAAAUCCCAGAGGGCCAAACAUCUGUUCCAGUCAAGCUGAAACUAAGAUGCGACCCAUCAGGUCUACACACAAUUGAGAGCGCCUAUUCUGUGGAAGACGUUAAGGUUCAAGAAGAGGUCCCACGCGCCGAGGACGCUCCUGAGGACACUGAGCCUGAAUACAGAGAAGUCACUAAGACUGUGAAGAAGGACGAUCUAACUAUCGUUGCUCACACUUUCGCUCUACCCGCUGAAGAGUUGAACGCUCUUAUUGAGAAGGAGAACGAGUUGUUCUCUCAAGAUAAGCUUGUCGCUGAGACUGAAGACCGCAAGAACGCUCUCGAGGAAUACAUUUACACUCUACGUGGAAAGUUGGACGAGGAGUAUGCUCCUUUCGCUUCUGACGACGAGAAAGCUAAGUUGAGAGAUAUGCUGGCUAAGGCUGAAGACUGGCUGUAUGAUGACGGAUACGACUCUACCAAGGCUAGAUAUAUUGCCAAGUAUGAAGAGCUUGCUUCUCUAGGUAACAUGAUCAGAGGUAGAUACCUGGCCAAGGAGGAGGAGAAGAGACAGGCUCUGAGACAAAAAGAUGAAGCCGCUAAGAUGGCUGCCAUGGCUGAGAAGAUGGCGGCUGAAAGAAAAGCUCAGGCUGAAAAGCAGAACGAAGCUAAGCCUGAUGCCGAGGGUGACAUCGAUCUAGAUUAA